GGCAAGCCGUCGAGGCAAGGCGAGACUGACUGCAAGAGGAGGAGGAGGAGCUGGACCCUCUCAGCCCCUGCAGCCGCUCAGUCGUCUGCUCUUGGGCCCCCUCUGGCAGAGGACAGCCGCCGACGCCACAGUCUUCCCUUCCAAGGCAGGCAGGCAGGCAGGAGGAGGAGCUGGCGCCUUCCUGGCUCCCUCAUCCCUCUCCGGUGCCCGCAUCCCUCCUGCUGCAGCGCGCCCGGCGGGAGUGGCCAAGGAUCAGGCACACUCUUCCCCAUGUUAAAUGUUUUGAAAAUUGUGGGCCACCGAAACUGAUGUAAGUGAGUUGUGGCUGCUACAAGAUCUGGUGUAGAUGCCUUGAAUUCAUCAUACCCUUUUAAUGUCGAGAACACACUGUGAAAUGGAAGAAUGCUGAAAACUAUCUCUGUUUGGACGUCUGAAUGAGAUCAAUGUGGUCUUCACAGUGAAAGGAGGCCACCAAAAUCUAGCCGCCGUGAUGAGUUCAGAGGAAAAGGGUAUAUCUCCUGGUCACAGAACCUCUACUCCAUCCCAUAAAAGUGCCUCUACUUCAUCUUCUUCCCAGCGGGAGAGUAGGCAGAGUGGCCAUGUCUUAGAGAGGAACAUGUCUACUGGAAGCACAGACCCUGUGAUCAACAGACAGUUGCUAGAAAAUGAGCCUGUUGCUGUAACUAAAGAACCAGACAGCUGGGAGAUCAUCGAGGGCCUGAAAAUUGGCCAGACGAAUGUCCAGAAGCCAGACAAACAUGAGGGAUUCAUGCUGAAGAAAAGGAAAUGGCCUCUGAAAGGCUGGCACAAGCGCUUUUUUGUCCUGGAUAACGGGAUGUUGAAAUACUCAAAAUCACCGAUUGAUACUCAGAAAGGGAAGGUCCACGGGAGCAUAGAUGUUGGUUUAUCAGUUAUGUCAAUUAAAAAGAAAGCUCGUCGGAUAGACCUGGAUACAGAAGAGCACAUCUACCACUUGAAAGUAAAAUCCCAGGAUUCAUUCGAUGCUUGGGUAUCAAAGCUGCGCCACCAUAGACUGUAUCGGCAGAAUGAGAUUGUACGAUCACCACGAGAUGCCAGCUUCCACAUAUUCCCUCCCGCAUCAACCACUGAGUCUUCACCUGCUGCUAAUGUCGCUGUAUUGGAGACAAAGGUACCACAGCAUAGCUUUCCAUGGCAGCCAUCCAUCCCUUGCAGUAGCAGCCUUCCUGAGACAUGCACCACUGGGCAAAGUAAAGUCGUGGCUUGGCUGCAGAACUCUGAGGAGAUGGACCGAUGUGCAGAAGAUCUCACGCACUGCCAGUCAAACCUUGUGGAACUCAGUAAAAUUCUUCAAAACUUAGAAAUACUGCAGAGAACUCAGUCAGCCCCAAACUUCACAGAUAUACAGGCUAACUGUGUAGAUAUUUCAAAGAAAGACAAGCGUGUCACGAGAAGAUGGCGAACAAAAAGUGUCAGCAAAGAUGCUAAAAUACAACUUCAGGUUCCUUUCAGUGCUACCAUGUCUCCCGUUCGACUGCAUUCCUCCAAUCCUAACCUUUGUGCAGACAUCGAAUUUCAGACUCCUCCAAGCCAUGUAUCUGACCCCCUGGAAAGCUCCAUGGACUACAUCAAACUGCAAGAAGAGUUUUGCCUCAUGGCACAGAAAGUCCACUCUCUUCUGAAGUCCGCCUUCAACAGCAUAGCUAUAGAGAAGGAGAAACUUAAGCAGAUGGUGUCGGAACAAGAGUUUACAGGACCCAACAUGCAGCUCUCUCGUCUCAGACAGUCGCUUUCUCAGGCUCUCAACCAGAAUGCUGAACUAAGAAGUCGCUUGAACAGAAUACAUUCAGAGUCUGUUAUUUGUGAUCAGGUUGUCAGUGUAAAUAUUAUCCCUAGUCCUGAUGAGGCUAGUGAACAGAUCCAUGUGAGUCUACCACUCUCUCAGCAAGUUUCUCAUGAGAGCAGGCUUUCGAUGUCAGAAUCGGUCUCUGAAUUCUUUGACGCACAAGAGGUGCUUCUGUCUGCAAGCUCCUCAGAAAACGAGGCUUCUGAUGAUGAAUCGUACGUCAGUGAUGUGAGUGAUAACAUAUCUGAGGACAACACCAGUGUUGCAGACAACAUUUCUCGGCAAAUACUAAAUGGAGAACUGACGGGAGGAGCUUUCAGAAAUGGACGGCGAACGUGUCUUCCGAGCCCCUGUCCCGACACUAGUAACAUCAAUCUCUGGAACAUCUUGAGAAAUAAUAUUGGGAAGGAUCUCUCCAAAGUAUCCAUGCCUGUGGAGCUCAACGAACCUCUGAACACUUUGCAGCACCUUUGUGAAGAGCUGGAAUACAGUGAACUGCUGGACAAGGCUGCGGAGUCUGAUGACGUCUACGAACGCAUGGUCCUGAUUGCAGCUUUUGCCACCUCAGGAUAUGCCUCCACGUAUUACAGAGCAGGAAGCAAGCCUUUCAACCCUGUGCUCGGGGAGACCUACGAGACCAUUAGGGAAGACAAAGGAUUUAGAUUUUUUGCGGAGCAGGUUAGCCACCACCCACCCAUUUCGGCCUGUCACUGUGAAUCCAAGAAUUUUGUGUUUUGGCAAGACAUCAGGUGGAAAAACAAGUUCUGGGGCAAGUCAAUGGAAAUCCUCCCAAUUGGAACACUGAAUGUGACUCUUCCAAAGUACGGGGAUUGUUACGUAUGGAACAAAGUUACUACUUGCAUACACAACAUCCUUAGUGGAAGGAGAUGGAUAGAACAUUAUGGAGAAGUAACCAUUAGAAACACAAAAAGUAGUGCCUGCAUUUGUAAACUCACCUUUGUCAAGGUGAAUUAUUGGAAUUCUAAUGUCAACGAAGUUCAGGGUGUCAUCAUGGACCAAGAGGGAAAAGUGGUGCAUCGCUUGUUUGGAAAGUGGCACGAAGGAUUGUAUUGUGGAGUUGGUCCUUCAGCAAAAUGUAUAUGGAGGCCAGGCUCCAUGCCAACCAAUUAUGAGCGUUAUUAUGGGUUUACAAGGUUUGCCAUUGAGUUGAAUGAGUUGGAUCCUGCACUCAAAGACCUUCUCCCAAGUACAGAUGCACGAUUCCGGCCAGACCAAAGGUUUUUGGAGGAGGGGAACUUAGAAACAGCAGCAGCAGAAAAACAAAGGAUAGAAGAACGCCAGAGAACUCGACGGCGCUACUUAGAAGAAAACAAUAUGGAACAUAUACCAAAAUUUUUUAAAAAAGUUUUUGAUGCCAAUCAAAGAGAAGCAUGGGUUUCUAAUGACUCAUACUGGGAACUUCGAAAGGAUCCUGGCUUCAGUAAAGUAGAAACCCUUGUACUCUGGUAAACUGAGAAUGUAGAUCUAGUAACAUAUCACUCUUUUAAAAAAAAAGACAAAAAAAACUAUGCACAACAUGUUUCUUAUAGCUGAGGGUGGUUUGCGGGUCUGCAAGAAAUCUUUCAUUUGCUUUUAUAUUCAUCUUUAUAAUGGACACCCAAAAGUGCAUUAUCCCAGACCCCAAACAUUUCUGCCGCAGUCAUUUCAUUUAAGAAAACAACAACAACACACCUUUUAAAGAGUCAAAUAUGGAAAAUGCAGCACAAGAAGUAUGUACUGAGUUAGCCAAAGUUGCUCUGAAGAGUAUCUGGUGCUUACAGUAGACAUGGACAGUUCCAAAAGAAAUACGGAAGUUCUCCCUAACUAACCUUGCCUAAAAUGUCCCCUUUGCUAUGAAAUCUUGAAUCACAAGACUCUUUCCCGUCUAGCUUCAGGUUUAGUUUCUUGAUGUGGUGCGCUUGGACUGGCCAUGUCAGAAAAAAAGGAGACAUGAUGCUUUUCCGAAAGCUCUUUGCAUCCAUAUACCAUUGUUCAUGCCUUAAAGAUAAUGUGAAGUUGUACAUUACAUCAUUUUUGAGUAUGUAUUCUUAGACAUUUGUCAAGGGCCGAUUUUUAAAGCACUAUGAUUUUGUUCAUGUUAUAAAUAACAGAGAGAGUGUAUUAAUUUCAGAGUGGGGGGGGGGAAAUGCAGUGAUUGUAAAGGAGAGUGAUCUACUGGUACAUGCUUUAACAUCGAUGUAUGGUCAGGCUGAAAGAUAGUAGCCAUACUUGUGGUGACCUUGGCAGAGAAUACAAGGUCAUGUUCUUGAUGCCUGAUGGCUGUGAUUAUUUAUGACCAUCUCUCACCGUGAGCUCCCAAGCCUCAGACUUUGUCUCAUUUCUCAUAAGUCUUCAUGCACUUGGAAUUCCUUGAAGUGUCAGAUGAGCAGUAAGCACAAAAAGACCUCAGAAUGGCAUCCGCUCUUUUCCCAGAAAGACCAUCUUCUCAGCAUUUUUCUCUCUCCGUCGUCAGCUGUGUCCUCUUACGCUUGUUGGAUAUUUUUUAUUGCACACAGUUUUGAAACUUUGGUGGGAGGAGUCAUACACACAUACCGGGUUCUGACGCUUUCAGUGUGUUCUUUUAUACCAAAUUAUAUUUUAUCAUUGUUGCUCUUAAAACAGUUCUAUUUUUUGGAUCAAGAAUGAGAACCUAGAUAGUCAUAAAGUAGCACACAGUGGCUGCUGUCUGAAAGUAAAAUGAAGUGGGUAUCCCCUACUGGAAUUCCUUUUAGUUAAUCUUGUCUUUUGUUAAUGCCAAGAGAAUUCCAGCCCAAUCCAGAUGGAGAGGGCCAAAACAUCACUUGGGAGCAUUGGAAGGCCAUACCAAGAGAGCAAUCAUGCUGAAGUUUAGGUGGCCCACAGUUCCAUGGCAGCCAGACCCAGGUGCUGCCAUGAAGCUAUGCUGGCAUCCAAGUGGAUGCAUGGGUUUGGGUGUGGGUUCCCGGAGGUGAAGCCAACUUCAAUCAGCUUCCGCCAGCAUUCCAGCCUAGGAAUACCAUCCUCCAGGUGGCAGGAGGCUUUCCAAAUUUCCUUCCUUUACCACCUAAAGCCCUUUGGAACUGGCGUGGCAUCAUCUUCACCACCCCAUCCCCAGCCACCAUAAUGCUCCCCCCACAUCUGAAUUGUGCUAUUAAGUUUACAUCUGGCCAUGUCCGAUUUUUGUUGUAUAUGUUGCAUACGUCUUCAUACAUAGCAUGUAACUCUCUGCUGUUUUUCCCCCCCUCAUUUGUUGUCUUCCUGAAAUCUAAAGCUCCACAGGGCAACCUGUGGGCUAGCAGUUUUUGUGAGACCAUGGUUGUCCAGAAACAAACUACAAUAAAAGCUUUGUUAUCUGGCACUCACGAGGAAUGGGAGUUGCCAAUUAAUCAAUUGCGUGGUUGCAUGUUCAAGCUUAUUGCUCUGCCCCAUCCCCCUAUCCUGAGGAAUCUGUUUCCACUAAACCCUACCCCAUCGGGGGCACCGCUGCAACAGCUGCCCCACCUGCCAGAUCCCUUCCCCUUGAAAGCUGUGGAGCCAAACAGCGUAACCAGAUACCCAGGAGACUGACUCCAACUGCUUGGGGCAAUCUGAGGGAGGAGGGGGCACUCAAAGAUGCGGGUCAUCUGGCUACGCCAGUUAAAAGCCCAGCAACAGCCAGAGGCAUCAGUCUGGUCAGCUGGAGAGGUAAGAGUGGGUGCGGUCAUAGAGGAAAGAAUGCUGAGUGAACGAGCAUUCUGGAUAGUCAAGUGCUAGAUAGCAAAGCUGUUUGUGUAACUUGCACGUGUGUGUGCUCCAUGUUGGUUUUCUUGUUUCCCAAGCCCACGAUGUGCAACAUCUUGUCAGACAAAUACAUAGUAUAAGAUUUCUUGUGUUUGCAUUCCCCCCCCCCCCCAACUUACUGCCACUUGGGACAAACAACACUGUAUCGUCAUUAAACAUACAAACCACAUCUUGGUCUCCGAGCUUCACUCGCCACUUGUGAGCUCCCCGGUUUGGCUGAGGCUUAAGUAUAUCCAGGAGUACUUAGAAAUCUAAUGGUGGUGAUUGUACACUGAACUGUAAAGACCACCUUAGCAGAUAUAAUGCAGAAAACAAUGCAUUAAAAGUUGCAGCUGAACUCGCCUAAGAAGGAAUACGUAGCCAAAAGCUGACAUAUCAUGUGUUUCUGCAAAUAACAACUUGUAUGAUACAGAUUUUUAAUUACAUUUCCAGAUUGAGCUCUUCUCCAUCCUGGUACUCUUCCCCCUCCUGAAAGCUUCAUGGAACCCUCAAGAAGACAUUUUUUGUAUCGUUUGCCACCUGGUUAAAAUGCUUUUAAUUUCCUGGAAGGCACUGCAUUGUAAGGCAAGUUGCCCCAUCAACCAGUUCCAUCUCCUGUUUCUCAGCCAACCUGACUGUGUUCUAGUUUGUUGGAUUCUUUCUCCAUUUUAGUCGUACGAAACAUUUAAAGAGUUCCCUUUUUUUUUCUUAUUUCCUCCCACUCUUUCUUCUGUUAGCUGUAUCACAAAAAUCUAGAAAUGUCUGAAUUUCCAUGUCAGGACUUAGGACCAUACCUAAGGAUUCGGUGGCCAACUUUUAGGUGUGGGGGGGCUUUCGAGAUCGUGGGGAAGUCUAGAAAGCCGCCGCCACCCCGCCCCUACUGCUGAGACCUGCUAGACCAGAGGUGUCGAACUCUGGCGCUCCGGAUGUUCCUGGACUACAAUUCCCAAUUGGCUACGCCAGCAGGGGCUAAUGGGAAUUGUAGUCUAUGAACAUCUGAAGUUCGACACCCCUGUGCUAGACCAAUGCUAGGGUGGAGAGAGCUGCCCUGCCUCUUUGGCUUGGCGCUGGUGGAUCCACAGAAUUCCAUCACCCUCUUUCCUGGAUGAAGCCAUAGUGUUAUGACAUGAGUUGAGGCACAAGUAUGUUGAUAAAAGUUUUUAUGACUUCUGUAACUGUUCUCCAGCAGGAGCAUGUAAAAACAAGGAAGGCCGGGACUGGGCUCACCAUGAAGUAGUGGGACAUCUAAGGGAAUAAUGGCUAGGUUUUUGCAGACUCAUUUAUAGCAAAUACAGUGCUUGAAAAGAACAUCAGAGGAUGCGGGGUGACGCGUCCGAAAGCUACACAAAAACGAGGUGAAGAUUGUACUUUAUGACUCAGUACUUGUAGAUGAAUACAUUUCCUCUUAAGACUUCAGAGGGAAAAUCUGAGCGAAGCUACAACCAAUUGGUACAUUUCCUGUUUAUUUCAGCGGGUGGUCAACUGUACCCUUAUUUUGUUGGCAUUUUCCGUUGACCAAAUUCCUGAUUCCUACCAAAACACCACCAAAUGACUUCUCUGUAAAAUGACGUUCAUUCGUUGAGCUUUUCGUUGCUUUACCAGGAAAAUUGUUACGGCAGGAGGUAUCAGCAAUAAGCCUUAAAAACCGUGAUGAAAGCCCAUUUGAUUUUGAAUUUAUGCUUAUUCUAGAUAGGAAAAAAAUGUGCUACAUUUUGUGCAGUGUGUUUUAGUUCUAACAGAAAACUUGUCGUUCAAUACUGCUGAUGAAAGCUUUUUAAAAUAAGAAAAACUUGAGCACAAAACAGCCAACACUAGUUUGAAAGGUUGACUAACACUGAUGUCAGUGGGGCAGGACACUUGGCCCCACCAAGUGACACAAAGGGGCACUUUCUCACAUCCAGAAUAAUGCACUUUCACCAUUGUUUGCAAGUGGAUUUUGCCAUUUUUGCACAGUAAAAUCCAGCUGCAAACUGCGUUGAAAGUUCAUUAUUCUGCACGUGUGAAAGUGCCCAAAGUUAGUUGUUAUUUACUCGAUUGUGGUCUCUGAUGAGCGCAAGACAUGGUGCACAGGGACAGAAAGAACCGCGCCACCAAUAGGAGCGCCAUCUGUUCUGUUUGUUCUCACGGCCAAAGAAACAAGCCACCAUUCUGUUUGAAGUGUCUUCCCUCCCCGCCCUCUCUCCUUAGGAGUGGUAACUGCUGAGGCGGAACCAAAAUGUGUAGCUGCGGCUGUGUGCACGAUUCUUUUCUGCAUGUACAUACCAUGACAUUGGAUCACAACCUACGUAUGUUGUGCUACCAAAAAAAAGCAGAACUGUGCCUCUUCAAAUGAAUGUUGUACACAAGGAAUGUUCCAUUUGUAAAAAAAAAACUAGGCCUCAAUAAAUUCACACAAAUUA